UGUAAUGUGUUUGUGUGUCCUCAGUGUUUUUCUCUCUUGUGUGUUUUAUUGAGUGUAAACAGAGUCUUGUCUCUGUGUAUUUAAGUGUUGAGACGUUGAUGAUGAGAUGUGCUGUGCUGUGAAUGAGUAGGAACUGAUCUGUCCACGCUGGAUAUAUUGACGAUUUCAUCACAGAAAUCUCUCAGCUGAAGAAAGAGGUGGCGUUACUGGAGACAAAGCUGAGGUCAAGAGGAGAUUUAGCAAUGAAUCGAGAGGAUGUGGAUUGUUGUGAAUCUUCAGUGUAUGUGACUGAUGAUGGGAGUCUGGAUUCAGUGUGGAUGAGCAGAGAUCAGAGCCGCACACCACAGCCACUGCUGGACUCUAAACUCUCUGAAGAGAAAUCCACACACACACAGGACUCCGAUCUCAGUCUGACUUUACUCUGUUAUACUGAGUCAAAGCCCACAGACACUCAGGACACUACAGUGUGUGACAGUAAACCGAGCUUACAGGAGGAUCAAACCUCCACAGAGUCUCUGGAUUCUGUCUGUAACGCUGGAGAACCGCAGCAGAUCCUGCAGACCAAACUGAAGAUGUGUUCAGUUAAACUCAUCGACUGCACGAACCUCAUGAUGAAGAUCAAAACUGAACCCACAGAAAUCAAAACUGAACCCACAGAAAUCAAAACUGAACCCACAGAAAUAAAAACUGAACCCACAGAAAUCAAAACUGAACCGACAGAAGAGGAAGAUCGCACUGAUGAAGAUGAUGAUUUUAUUCCAUCAGAUGUGAAGAGUGAUUCAUGUUUGGAUAUAGAAAUAACGCCCUCAACAUCAAAAGAGCGACUGACAGCACAAACUCUUUCCUGCAUCACCUGUGGAAAGACAUUCAGCUCACUGAGACAUUUAGAGAGACAUGAGAGAAAACACACAGAACAGAAACUCUUCACCAGAUCUGAGAUCAGCUUAACUACCUUACAAGAGAAGAAACUUCAUUCAGAAGACCACAGAGAGAAGAAGAAGAAGAAGCAGUUUCACUGUGAGCAGUGUGGGAAGAUUUGUGUCUCUUCCUCUAAACUAAAUGUUCACAUGAGGACACACAGUGAUGAAAAGCCUUUCAACUGCACUGAAUGUGGAAAUUACUUCAGAACCAAAGAGCAUCUUAAAGUUCAUCAGAAAAAUCAUACAGGUGAAAAACCUUACAAAUGCUCUCAGUGUUACAAGACGUUUUCUCCGUCAGAUCACUUCAAAUCCCAUCAGAGAAUUCACACUGGAGAGAAACCUUAUCACUGUAGUGUCUGUGGGAAGAGUUUUAGUCAACAGGCUACGUUACUAAAUCACAAGAGAAUUCAUGAUAAACCUUUCCAAUGCUCUCAGUGUGACAUGACGUUUGCUCAGUCAGGUUCCUUAAAAUACCAUCAGAGAGUUCAUACUGGAGAGAAACCUUACGUCUGCGCUCACUGUGGGAAGAGCUUCUCUAAUUCAUCUGAAUUCAAAAGUCAUCAGAGGGUUCAUACUGGAGAGAAACCUUAUCAAUGUAAUGUUUGUCGGAAGAGUUUUAGUCAACAGACUACCUUAUUAAAUCACAAGAGACUUCAUACAGGUGAAAAACCUUACAAAUGCUCUCAGUGUUACAAGACGUUUUCUCAGUCAGGUCACUUCAAAUACCAUCAGAGAGUUCACACUGGAGAGAAACCUUACGUCUGCGCUCACUGUGGAAAGAGCUUCUCUGAUUCAUCUCGAUUAAGAGUUCAUCAAAGAGUUCACACUGGAGAGAAACCUUUCAAAUGCUCUCAGUGUGACAUGACAUUUGCUUUUUCAAGUAACUUAAUAGUUCAUCAGAGAGUUCAUACUGGAGAGAAACCUCAUCACUGUAGUGUCUGUGGGAAGAGUUUUAGUCAACAGGCUACGUUACUAAAUCACAAGAGAAUUCAUGAUAAACCUUUCCAAUGCUCUCAGUGUGACAUGACAUUUGCUCAGUCAGGUUCCUUAAAAUACCAUCAGAGAGUUCAUACUGGAGAGAAACCUUACGUCUGUGCUCACUGUGGAAAGAGCUUCUCUAAUUCAUCUGAAUUCAAAAGUCAUCAGAGGGUUCAUACUGGAGAGAAACCUUAUCAAUGUAAUGUUUGUCGGAAGAGUUUUAGUCAACAGACUACCUUAUUAAAUCACAAGAGACUUCAUACAGGUGAAAAACCUUACAAAUGCUCUCAGUGUUACAAGACGUUUUCUCAGUCAGGUCACUUCAAAUACCAUCAGAGAGUUCACACUGGAGAGAAACCUUACGUCUGCGCUCACUGUGGAAAGAGCUUCUCUGAUUCAUCUCAAUUAAGAGUUCAUCAAAGAGUUCACACUGGAGAGAAACCUUUCAAAUGCUCUCAGUGUGACAUGACAUUUGCUUUUUCAAGUAACUUAAUAGUUCAUCAAAGAGUUCAUACUGGAGAGAAACCUCAUCACUGUAGUGUCUGUGGGAAGAGUUUUAGUCAACAGGCUACGUUACUAAAUCACAAGAGAAUUCAUGAUAAACCUUUCAAAUGCUCUCAGUGUGACAAGACGUUUGCUCAGUCAGGUUACUUACAAGCCCAUCAGAGAGUUCAUACUGGAGAGAAACCUUAUCACUGUAGUGUCUGUGGGAAGAGUUUUAGUCAACAGGCUACGUUACUAAAUCACAAGAGAAUUCAUGAUAAACCUUUCAAAUGCUCUCAGUGUGACAAGACGUUUGCUCAGUCAGGUUACUUACAAGCUCAUCAGAGAGUUCAUACUGGAGAGAAACCUUAACACUGUAAUGUUUGUGAGAAGAGUUAAUCAACAGUCAAACUUUGUAAAGCUUGUUUAAGUUUGUUUAAAAUAUUGUUAAAAGUUAAGGGGGGGGGGGUAAUGCUUUUUCAUGCAUUCAGACUUAUUACCACUUAUUAAGUGUCAAAAAAGGAGUUGAUCUAACAAACAACCAAUCACAGUUUGUUUCGUCUAGCGUCACGUUUGGAAAGUCCCCACAACAACAAACCGGUUGGCAACAACUCAGUAAUUGAAAUAACCAGCGGCAACCAAAUAGCAUCUAAUGGCACUUUUCCAUUGUAUAGUACCCCACGGUUUGGUUUGGUUUAGUUUGGGUCGGGUCAGCUUACUUUUGGGAGCUUUUCCAUUGGGUGCAGUACGUGGUACCUGAUACUUUUUUUCAUACCGCCUCGGUUGGGGUUGCAAGUGAUCUGACAGAAACUAAACUAAACUGUGGGGUACUAUGCAAUGGAAAAGCGGCAUAAAUAAACUUCAUUACUCACCACAGAACAACGGUGUGCACUUUAUCAACAGCCACUCCAAUGAGACGCUCCCGGUAAACAUCUGUUUGAAGCAUACCUCUCCAAUUUUUAACACUUACAAGCAAUUCUGUAUAACCAAAAGCCAACUGCGAUUUUUUUUGACUCCACUAACUGCCUCAAGCAUAGCUCUUGUAUGUCUUUUAGAGAGUCUAUACCAGGACUGGAGGAAUAUUUUUAAGAAUGCAAAUUUUAGCUGAUCAUGAUAACUGCCCAUUAUUAGCCACGUAAACUCAACUGAUUCUCUUCCUUGUACGAACGUCAGAGUUUUGUUUCCUGGUUUUUCCAAGUCACUUCCUUCAGAGGCUAGGGGAGGCUCCUCUUUAGCAUUCAGAGAACACGUAAAUGGAACAGGCUAGCAAGUGCACGUCAUUACGUCAGUGAAUGGUGUGCUUUCAGGGCUGCGCACAUAGGAUCAUGGGUGAUUUGAGAGCGCGAAGGCUACACAUAUGCAUCCUUUCCUGUAUAUGGGAUAUUUCGCGAACGAAGGACUCGACAGAUGUCGAUGAGGUAGCAUCCUUGAAAUUCUGGCUUUUGAGGAUCCUUCCUUGACAUUGAGAAACAAUGUUUCCAAUUAAGUGUACAAUACACAUCAGACGUUUAGCCAACAUUCUGUGGGCGUGACGUCUGAGGCUGAGACUACCGGUAGGCUUUCACGACACAACUUUAUCAAGAUAGUUCGACAAAAGAAUUGUGUUUUUGGAUGUAAGGAGAAAAAUAUCUUAUUUAGCUUUCCAUGUCUUAAGACAACAAGGCUCAGUUUGACGCCAGAUUUUCGACUGGAGCUGUCACAACUUUAAAAGACCCUGUUUAGGAGUCACAACCACGGGCAUAAGUAAAUCAAAAUCUCACGUUUUGUUUGCAAUCGCGCAUACGUGCAUGUAAUGUAAACAACACCGUCAACAGCAAACAACUUUUACACAUUUUAAACGGGCUAAUCCAGAAAAAAUACAUCAUCAAGAAUUACUUUG